AUGUUAAGUCCUAUUUUCGAUGAGCAUUAUUUCCUAACCUUACAUGUCUUGCGAGCUUUUUACUCCGUAGCCCGUGACUUUGAAAUUAAACGCCACAAAAGACACCAUCUCAACUCCAUGUUUUUAUUUCUAAAUAAAUGCUAAUUUGAGAUGAUGCGCAGUUCAGGUCGUGAAUGCCAUUGCGGCGAUACAUUAUCCUAUGAGAGUAUUGUAGCACCUCUUUCAGGCCGUUCUUUCCCCUGUGGCGGGGCAAGCCAGGAUUUAUGCGGUGCUGCUCUGAGAUUGAAUCUUUAUACCCUUCGUUCAACCUUGACUUCGAAAACCUCGUCAACAACGAAAUCCACGUCGAUGUCCUUGAUACAACCUUCCUCUUCCGUGCAUUCUUCAAGCUCAUCUUCAUCCAAAUAUGCAGUCUCGACAUCAACCUCUGGACGGAUAUCCUCUACUACUCUACUCACUUCCUCUCGCCGGACUACUUCAUCCGCCAAAACCUCAACAUCCAGCCUUCCUGUGCACACACUCGGGUGGAGCCAUAUUGGCUGCUUCCUGGAAGUUGACGCUCGAGGCGACUUUUCCGACCAAGACAUGACCAUCCUCUUGAAAACCCACAAGAUGAACCCAGCACUCUGCAUCUCCGCAGCCUCAUCUCGAAAGACCGCGGUGCCGGUUACUAACUACCACUACGUUGGCCUUGAGCACGGAAGAGACUGCUAUGCCGCCACAGUAGCAUCGGCUCCAAUUCCGACGAGCUUGGUAGAGCGAAAGCUUGCACGAAUGCCUGUUUGGGAAAUACUUUGGGUGGCCCCGUUGAAAUGUGUGGGGGCUGGAAGCAGUAUGAUUAAUAUGCCAGUGUAUCAGGGAGUGUGUUCUCUGGACCUGUGCAGACAUCAAUUCCGUUGUGGGACUCAUGGGAUUUUGUUUCGAUUCAAACUCAACCUCUGAUUUAGCUCAAGCAUCAUACAUCUUAGUAAUACAGGAUUACGGUCUUCUGAAGUCUAAUCGACCACCUAUAAAACAAAACUAGUUGGAUAGAAACCAGAAUGAUCAUCUUCAUGCUUGUGAUAUGCCUGUUUACUGCCUGUUGAAUCAGGUCCUCCCACUUAGAAAGUGUAAAGGUCUGGGCGCGAGAGCCACUGCCCUCUGUUCCUGACUAGUGGUUGAACACGGCUCCUGGUCCCCCUCACGAUACCCAGAAAAAGCGCCACUCA